UCAGCGUUAGCGAUCCGGCUGUUUGAAAAUCUUUCAGGAAGUGUAUAUCCGCUUGGACGCGGACGUAAACAAACGUAGCAUAGCAAUCUAAACCCCGUUGUGACUAUAGAGAGAUUGUACUGUAGUACAAUGCGUUUCUCUGCCGCCUAGAUCUAGAACGAUCUGAUAUCCGGUAACAGGAACCGGAGCUUGUUAAGAGCUUUACUUGAGAAGUUCUCAACUCAACAAUGUCUACUUCAAAUUUCAAGAAUAAGUGUGUGACGCAAGUCAACUGUAUAUACUGUGACAGUCUGCUGUGCAUGAGAGGGAUGAAAGCAGUACUUUUGGCUGAUACGGAAAUAGAGUUGUUCUCAACCGACAUACCACCAAAUAGGACAGUUGAUUUUGUGGCAAGCUGCUAUUCCACUGAAAGCUGCAAAUGCAAAUUAAGAGACAUUGCUUGUUUGAAAUGUGGGAAUGUUGUGGGAUAUCAUGUGGUGGCCCCAUGCAAGCCCUGCUUGCUGUCCUGCAACAAUGGUCAUUUCUGGAUGUUCAACAGUGAGGCUGUGUCCACCAUCAACAGACUGGAUGCAACAGGGCAGAACCUGCUGCUGUGGGGAGAUCUUCCAGAACUGGAGGGCAGUGAUGACGAGAGCCUGGACAGUCUCUCAGAAGAAGAGUACCUCAGAUAGAAACACACACAUCUAAAGGAAGUAGACUCCGACGGUAGCGAACUAGUUUACUUUUAUUCACAAAUGUCUCCGUUUAAAGCACAUUGUCUUGUCUUUAGCUGACUGGGAAUAGGAAAAAGGAAAAAAAAUCCAUCCCAGCUUGAUUUAUAUGCAUUUUCUUUCUGCAUUCUCUCAGAUUAAUUUCAGUAUGUCAGAGUGCCACUACCAAAGAUAUGUUUUCUUUGCUUUACGGUUGCAGUAGCACAAAACAUGAUUGGAUUUAGAUAUUUAGAAUGUUAUCCUCAUAUGUCUUUAUACAACAUUCAUAAAUGGAUCAGACUGUUAAAGAUUAACAGUAGUGUUACUUUGAGGUGUUAAUACUGGUUAUUUACUCCGGUACUAAUGCAGUUUCUGGAAGGCAACCAAAUGGAUGAGAUAGAUAGAUAGAUAGAUAGAUAGAUAGAUAGAUAGAUAGAUAGAUAGAUAGAAACAAUCUUGCAAAAUAAAAUGCUGGUUCCACAAGUCUAGGUGGUUUUAUAGGAAGGAAAUGACUGACAGUUACCAUGUUUUAAUGGUUUACCAGUAUAUUUGUCCAAUUAAAUUGAAUGUCACAUAAAGUCCUCUGAAGAUGGAUAUCAAUUGGUACAUUUAUUCUAAACAUGGUUCAUCCUUGCAUAAUAUUGUCUUUCAUCUGAUUAUUUUCUGUAUUUAGAUUUUGCUCUUUUCAAGGCUUUAACAUUUGAAGUGGCACAAAAUGACUUGGCAGCUUUGAGUAGAGUAGUUAGGUCUCAGCUCAGUGACAUUUGGCAUUUCAACAACUAUAAUUUAACAUUAUGGUACUUUUUCAUGGCACACUCUUUUCAAUCAAUGCUGUUUCAUUACUCCAGUUAUGUUUCACUGUUAGUCACCAGGGCAAUCAUGAAAAACGUCAGAAAGAAAUCUGCACUUAAUUACUGUAAAUUCUGCAUGACACUGUGUGACAAACUGGACAAAGCAUUUUUAAGCUUUCUGAUUUUUUUUUCUUUUUUUUUUCAAUGGAGGUAACAAAAUGAUUUGCAUUUUCUUCCAUUUCUUUUGAUUUCUAAAGACAGGAUGUAGUCGUUCAGUAGCUGUUUACCAUUUCACUGUGUAAUAUGAUUUUCACAGAUCAUUUUUAAAUAUUUCAAAAAUAUGAAGGCUAUUAUGCCCCACUGUAAAUGUCUUAGUGCAACAUUUUACAUCAUGCUGUACUGAAGGUUCCAUUUUAAGUAAAAAUAACAGCAACAAGAGUAAACCACCACUAUUGUGAUAGCUUUCAGGUGUAGCAUUUUUAGGGGUUGGCUCUUUUAUGCCUUGAAGCGAUCUUUAGUAUGCAUCUAUGACCAAAAUAAAAUGGCGAAAAAUAUGUUUGCAUUUUAACUUAUUAACAGAGGAUUUAUUUGAUUUAUCUAUGUUUUGAAUGUAUUUAUUAACAGACAUGAUACUGUAUUUAUACUGACGUGAUUUCAUUUGCGCCAUGUGAGGAUGAGAAAAAAAAAACAUUUGUAUACUUUUGAUCUGCACUGACAAUAUGUUGUUGGUUUAAACUUUGGGUUAUUUUGUAUGCUGAAUGUCUUGAUAUUAAAUUUUUAAUGUGGA